AUGUCUGACCAAAACCAAGGUAAUUCUUACCAGAGCUAUCAAGGUCAUCAAAACCCUAACCAACAACAGGGCUCAAACAACAAAUAUCAAAAUUAUAAUGCAAAUGCUCAAGGCUAUCAACAGUUUCAACCACAACAGGGAUAUCAGCAAUACACUCAAGGAAACUUCCAACAAUAUCAACCACAGCAAGGAUACCAACAAGGAUACCAGCAAGGUUAUCAACAAGCAGACUACCAACAAUAUGCUCCACAAGGUGGUUACCAACAAUACAACCAACAAGGUGGUUACCAAAACUACAAUCAAGGAGGCUACAAUAAGAACCAGAACAAGAAGUUCAACAAUUACAAUCAAGGUGGCUACCAACAGGGCUAUCAGGCUUAUAACACUCAACAAUCACAAGGCCAAGGUAUGUCAUUGGAAGACUUCCAAAAGCAACAAACUCAACAAGCCGCUCCAAAGCCAAAGAAGACUCUUAAAUUAGUCUCAAGUUCUGGUAUAAAGUUGGCCAAUGCUACAAAAACUACUGAACCAGAAAAGAAGGAAGAAGAAAAACCAAAGCAAUCCGAGGAAGCUGCUGAACCAGCUGCCGAAAAGAAGGAUGUUGAAUUACCAAAAGUCGAAAGUCUGAAGAUUUCUGAUGACAAAAAAGCCGACGAGAAGAGCGCGGAAGCUUCAAAGGCUACUGAACAAACUGCUGAUGCAUUGACUAAAGAACAAGAAGAUGAAGUCGAUGAAGAAGUGGUUAAGGACAUGUUCGGUGGUAAGGACCACGUUUCAAUUAUCUUCAUGGGUCACGUUGAUGCUGGUAAGUCCACAAUGGGUGGUAACCUAUUAUAUUUAACUGGCUCUGUUGAUAAAAGAACCAUUGAAAAAUAUGAAAGAGAAGCUAAGGAUGCAGGUAGACAAGGUUGGUAUUUAUCAUGGGUUAUGGACACAAACAAAGAAGAAAGAAAUGACGGUAAGACCAUUGAAGUUGGUAAAGCUUAUUUCGAAACUGAAAAGAGACGUUACACCAUUUUGGAUGCUCCAGGUCAUAAAAUGUAUGUUUCUGAAAUGAUUGGUGGUGCUUCUCAAGCUGAUGUUGGUAUUUUAGUCAUUUCUGCCAGAAAGGGUGAAUAUGAAACUGGUUUCGAAAAGGGUGGUCAAACUCGUGAACACGCAUUAUUAGCUAAGACUCAAGGUGUUAACAAGAUGAUUGUAGUCAUUAACAAGAUGGAUGAUCCAACUGUCGCUUGGUCCAAGGAACGUUACGAUCAAUGUGUCAGCAACUUGACUAAUUUCUUGAAGGCUAUAGGCUAUAACAAAGAUGAUGUGAUCUAUAUGCCAGUUUCCGGUUACAGUGGCGCUAAUCUAAAGGAUCGUGUAGAUCCAAAGGAAUGCCCAUGGUAUGAUGGCCCAUCCUUAUUAGAAUACUUAGACUCUAUGAACCACAUGGACCGUCGCAUAAACGCUCCAUUCAUGUUACCAGUUGCUGCAAAGAUGAAGGAUUUGGGUACAGUUGUUGAAGGUAAGAUUGAAUCCGGUCACAUCAAGAAGGGUCAAUCUACCUUAUUAAUGCCAAACAGAAUUUCCGUUGAAGUUCAAAACAUAUAUAACGAAACGGAAAGCGAGGUUGAUAUGGCUGUUUGUGGUGAGCAAGUUAAAUUGAGAAUCAAGGGUGUUGAAGAAGAAGAUAUUUCCGCCGGUUUCGUCUUAACCUCUCCAAAGAACCCAGUUAAAAACGUUACUAAAUUUGUUGCCCAAAUUGCAAUUGUUGAACUGAAAUCUAUUAUGUCUGCAGGUUUCACUUGUGUCAUGCAUAUUCAUACAGCUAUCGAAGAAGUUACUAUUUCUAGAUUGUUGCACAAAUUAGAAAAGGGUACCAACCGUAAGUCUAAGAAACCUCCUGCUUUUGCUAAGAAGGGUAUGAAGAUCAUUGCCCUUGUUGAAGCUGAAGUUCCUCUUUGUGUCGAAACUUACCAAGAUUACCCACAAUUAGGUAGAUUUACUUUAAGAGAUCAAGGUACAACCAUUGCCAUCGGUAAGAUCGUAAAAAUUGUUGAAUAG